AUGCCCGCUAAGGCGGUCAAGCGUGAGCAGAAGGGGGCUGCCUCGGCCCCCCCGCCCAUGAAAAGGGCAAAGGCGAAGGCUAAGCAGCCGGAGUCUGACCCUGCUGGUUCGGCAGGAGGUGCGCAGCCGGAGGCGCCGCCGGAGACCAACCAAGUCGUGGGCCCGACGCUGGACAUCAUCACCGAUGCUUUGAACGCCAUCAAGGGGUCGCCAUUCUUCGCCGACCUCGAGAAGAAAAUGCCGCUGACCAUCGCCCAGGGCGGUCGCCAGGCGCCGUUCGUGAAGGAGGAUUGUUCUGAUGCCCUCAGCCGCGGAUCCCCCUACUCAUGUGGGUGCAACCUCUUCUGGCAGAACUUCUUCUGGAGCUCCAGCUACCGCACCCCUGUGAACAUGGGGCAGGUCAGGGAGAUCGUGAACUACCACCUUAAGAGCCCGCCAAAUGUCUUCCCCAUGAACACCGUCUUCGCGGUGGACAGCUCGGACAUGGACGUCGCUAAGCACCUGGGCAGUUUGCAGCGCCUCUCACCAAUCGAGCCGCAGCUGGCCUUGCUCAUGGCCAUCGCUGACGCGGUAAAGCAGCAGGCGGAGGACUCCAUCCUGUCAAAGUGGAUGCAGGUCGUGCUUUCGGCGCCAGUGACGUUCGAGGUGGUGUUGCCAGGUGACAUGCGGUAUUGGCGCGCCCAGAACAUUCGGCAGGAGUGGAUCGAGCAUGGGGAGACAGCCCAACUCACCGCGAGGCAAUGGGUGUACGACAUCGUCGGGUUCAAGGCGGCGAAGGAAAAAGAGCUGGAGAAAACGUUGGGCGCCAAGGACCGGCUGCUGUCCCUGGAGGCGUCCAAUCGGUGCCUUGUCUGGGCGGACGAGAACCUGAUGAACAAGUCCCCGUGGAAUAGCCUCUACGCGAUGCACGCUGUGGUCGAGCGCGCGUCGACCCCCAACAAGAUCGAUUGGGCGAUGAUGGGCCUCACGGAUCAUUACCGCAUGGCGCCCCGGGGGGGUCAGAACCACCAGGACUUCAUCAACUUAGGCGAGUUCGGUGUCAGCAAGCUCAGGGACUACAGGCAGAGCUACGUUGAAAUCUUGAACAUGAAAUACGACGUGAAGAACGAGCUCUUGUUCAAGUGGCUUCCGCGCACUGGCAUCCCAACCGAACACGUCACAUUGAUGCAAGAGAAGAUGAAUACCUUCGACGCGGUGCGGACGUACGUCAGUUCCUACCCAGGGGGGGUAGUCGAUACCACGUGGCAGGCUCUGAUUAGUGUUGGUGGCAAGCAGUCGGCUGUUUCGGCUGUCACGCUCAUCGAGGAGUUGGUGUACACAACCGAGUUCGACUCUCGCUACAGGAACGCCGUCCAGUCGAAGCUCGAGGCGGCGGAUUUUCUCGCCUACGAAUCGAUCUCCACGCGCAUGAACGAAGUCAUCGAGAUGGUGCGGAGGGAGAACAAUGGGGGGCAUGGUACUACUGACACGCCGGCCGCGGCUGGAAGUGGCACGGGCACCCCUGCAGCUGCCGGGGCUGACAACCCUGCGGGGCAGAUGACCGCAGUGGCGGGCGACAGGCCCGCGGAGUUGAAAAACUUCGACAAGCUGCCAGAGAUGGACAAAACGAGUUGGAACAAAUUCAUCGACAAGCUCAUUCGCACGUACGUUCAGAUCGUGCCCGACCAGAAAACGGCGGCCGAGCUGGAGACCAUGCUCCGGGACUCCGCGCUCGCCACCAUCAAGGGUGACCCCACGGGGCUGGUGCUGUACCACUUCGACGUGAAGCAGUUCGGCGAGCCGCUCACCAGGCCUGAGCUGCGCAUUGCGCCCCUCAGGGAUGGCCCGUACCACCGCCUCGUGCGGACGAUGCUGAACGCGAGGGCGCCUCAGGGGCAACUAGCCCAUCUCCGCAAUGGGGAGGUCGCAGUGAUUUUGGACGGCGGGCGGAGGGGCAACGCGACCAAGUUGCUCGGGCCGUGGAAGGAGAACACCAUCGAGACGAAGAAGGAUACACCGCCGAGCAAGGGGCGCGGCUGCGAUGAGCCCGACGAUGACGAUGAUAAGGAGGAUGACGACAACAGCGACGCUGAGAAGAAGGCCGGCUUCAAAGCUUCGAUCAUCCAGCUCGCGUACACGGAGGAGAGCCUCAAGAAGCGCCGCAACAGGGUUCACGGAGGCACGGGGAGCUUGCAGCAGGUAGAGUGGGUGCACAUGUUGGCGCACUCGCGCAUUUCGGUCCCUGAGCGGCGCCGCAAGCACUUCGAGGGCAGCACCGCGGGGGAUCUGAUCAACGGCAUCGAGCUCCCAGAGUUGAGCAAGGAAUGGCACGUGACGUGGAAAGACAAAAAGGCAAUAUACGGGAAGCGCAAUCUGAUUGCGGUGGGGGGCAAAACAGAGGGCAUUCAAGGCGAGGCCGAGCGGAAAACCGACUCUACCGUUGUCCCCAUUUCCUACCACGGCAUGCCGCUUCUCUUCUACAAAGAGCUGCUGCACAUGUUCUUUGUCAAAUGCGUCCUCGACAUGACCCCGCUCAACGCGAAAUUCGCGUGGGCUUGUCUCGAGGAGAGGGUCGCAUACGUCGGGGUGGCCUUCACGAAAGAACACAUGGAGAAAAUCUACCUCCACCUGGCGGAGCUCGUGAAGAGCGCGAUGGCGGAUCCUGGGUCCAAGCUGUUCAACAAGGAGUACGCGAAAGCUGUCGGCAAGGAGGUGGCGCCGACGUCUGUCGGGCAAUUCGCCGACGGCAGCGAGCUGCGGCAGGGGCUGGCGGCCCCUGCCGCAGCUCACUGCCGACCUCGAGCUGCGGUAGGUCUGUCGGGCAAGUCGCCGAGGGCACCGCAGCUCACUGCCGACCUCGAGCUGCGGUCGGCAGUGAGCUGCGGUGCCCUCGGCGACUUGCCCGACAGACCUCUCCUACCGCAGCUCGAGGUCGGCAGCGAGCUGUGGCGGUGGCUACCGCAGCUCGCUGCCGUCGGCGAAUUGCGCGACAGACCUUUCCUACCGCAGCUCGAGGUCCUGAAGUUGGGAUCUGAUUUCUCGGGCGUCGAGACGGCGUCCGUGGCCAUGAAGCGCAUGGGCAUCAGUCAUUCCCUCGAGUUCGUGAGCGAGUCUGAUUCGGCGUGCAUGUCAGUCAUCAAGAAGAACCACCAGCCGGCGCACGCGUUCUCGAACAUACUGGAGCGUACGGCCGCGGAGGAGACUUACGCCGACGUGUACGUGUGGACCCCUCCUUGCCAAGACUUCUCUGCUGGCGGCAAACAGGAGGGCGUCAGCGGCGAGCGCCGCACGGGGGACCUGAUCAAGAAGAGCAUGCAGUUCAUAAAGAACAAACGGCCCCGCCUGACCAUCUUCGAGAACGUCCCGACCCUCAUGACCAAAAAGUUCGCCCGCAUCCUCAAGGGCAUCGAGGAAGCGCAGAAGAAGCUUGGCUACGUCGUUCACGUGAAGAAGCUGAACAGCAAGGACUUUGGAGUUCCCCAGUCGAGGGAGCGCGUCUAUGUUGUCGGCGUGCGGCAGGACAGCGAGAUGCAUCCGUUCACGUGGCCGCAGAAGCAGGCGACGCCUCCAGUGACUUCCAUCCUGGAGCCCAAGCGUGCGACCGACGUGGCAGGUCGGCUCCCCAGCAGCAAGCGCAGCCGGGACCUGUGCAAGGCCGCCUACAAGAAAGUCUGCAAGAAGAAGACGGGGGUGGACCCGCGCGUGACCCCAGUGAUGGUCGACAUCGACUGCUCCGAGAGGUUCGCCACGCACGGGAUCAACAUCGCCAGGACCCUCACCAAAACCCGUGGCCAGAACGGAGGUCCGUGGGUCUCCAGCCGCGGGCGGCGGGUGACGCUGCAUGAGAUGAUGCGGCUUCAGGGUUUCGCCAAGAAGGACAUUCCACAGGCUGAGCUCAACCUGUCGGACCACCAGAUCGGCGGCAUGGUCGGCAACGCAGUCAGCGUGCAUACCAUGGGCGCCAUUUUGUCGGAGGGGCUCCACAGCGCCGGGCUGACGAAGACGAAGGCUGCCAACUUCGCCAAGCACGAUCGGAACCCAACUCACAGGGCUGCUGCUGCGGCUUAUGCGCAGAUGCAGGCUCAGCAGCGUUUGGCUCCGUCUCAUUCGCAGAUGCAGGCUCAGCAGAGUUCGGCUGCAUCGGCUGAGUUUCUGCAAUGCCCCAGCGAGUCUGACUUCCUGGACGUCGUGAAGCUGGUCGGCAAUGGGUGCGGCCUCGAGACCAGAAAGCACCGUAGAAUAUUGUGGUGCUUGCAGCAGGUGUUGGCGUUCAGCUUGUCUAUCACUGCUUUAUUUGGCAGCUCACGCAGAUGUUUGUCAACGUUUGGCUACGCGAGCAUGAUGCUGAAAUUGUUGAAGAUUCCGAUUGUUUGGCAGCUUGAUGGGGACAGUUAUCAUAUCGGGGACGAGGCCGGUGUCCAGGCAGAUAUCAUUGACAAUUGCAUCGCCAGGAUGCGCUCCUACAUCGUUCUUUCGCGAGCGGCUCUGAAGGCCGAGUUCCCCACUUUCGAACUGGCCCAGGCCUGGCGCGUGUUCGAUUUGAAGAGCCCCCCCAACAAGCCCGAGCAGGAUUUGCAAAGGAUCGCACAGUCGGGCGGGCGGCAAUGGGGGGUGGCCCAAGCAAGGGGGUGA